AUGCUAGGACGAGCUCUGGGAGAGUUCCUCCUUUUUAUCUGCCUACAAGACGUGGCCGUCGAGGCGGCCAAAGGAGCCUUCUUGGCACAGGCGUGCCAGACGGUGCAGAACAGCAGCGAGAACACUUUUGAGGAGAUUUACAACGGGACAGCCGGAAAGCUUGGUGGAGGUGAGGAAGGCCAUCACAGCUUUGCGGCACCAUCACUCAGCCUCGGUACUGCCUGGAAGGGCGCUGCGGAGGCUACAGACUCAGGAUUCAGCCAUGGCACAGAAACAGCCAUGGCAGUGCAGCUGUGGCCAGCGAGUGAAGGCUUCAGCAGCGUUCUGUGGACAGUGUGGCAGCUCUUGGGAGAGCGCCACACAGAGCAAUACCCGGACUUAUGUUCAGGAGACAGAAGCUCCCCCGUGGCAGCAGGGAUGGUGGGGACACCAACCGAGCUCUCCGCGACGGAGAACGGAUUCCGCGCCAGAUUGCCAAGACGCUGGCAGCAGCCAUCACCCCGACGCCGUGGAAAGGGCAAGCAGAAGGAUGCCAAAGGGGGCAAGGGCAAGUAUGCCGGGUCGGAAGCGGCCACAAUGAAGACGCCAGCGCCGCCCACUUUGGACACGCUGCCGACGAUGCCCGCUCCACCCUCGAUACAGCAGCCACGGAAGCAGGGGACAGAGACAGCCCAGACACCGGAGAAGGCGCACCUGGACGCUCUGCUGGGGGUCCUGUCAGCUUCGUCGACGACGCUUCCGCCGGAGGCACAACAGAUGAUAGCUGCCCUGCAAGAAUCGAACUCGCAGUCCACUACAAAAGCUAUGCACAAGGCGGUGGCAGAGCAGGCGAAGGCGAGGCAAACGCUCGCCAAAGUACAAGCCCAACGGGCUUCCUACCUGCAGGCAUGGCACACCUACACCGGACAGCUGGCGACGCUCCUGGAGCAACAAUUGCAGGAACAGUCGCAGGUCUUGGAAGGGUUGGACAAGUCAGAAGUUUUGUGGACACAGGCCGACCAACAGGCGACGCAACUACUGGCCAGAUUGGCCGGAGCGGACAAAGAGCCACCCGACUCGGAACGCGAGAUGGAGGACAACGAGGACAUGGUGGUCACGGCGGUCGAGCUCGAAUCCAAGCUGCAAAAAGCGACGGAGGAGAGCCAACAGUCGGCGAAGCAGAUGAUCGGGGCUUUGGCCGACAUGCAGAAUCGCAUGCAGGAGCACAUGGCCAAAAACGGAAGGGACGGAUCCAGGACACCGCGGAGAAAGUCGGAAGGCGAGGCCACAGAGGCCGCCGAGGACUCCACGAAGAAUGCCGCGAAGAGCGCUGGCGCCAAGGGCGAGGUGUCCACGGAGGACAUCUUCGGAUGCGAGGUCCAUACCACGUGGCAAGACCCACGGGAGGAAGUUGGGGGCUUGACCGCCCCAACCUACUACGACAUCGAGCUCCACCAGGCAAAGGUGAUCAGCGGGUUGUGUUGUGCUGACUACGUGGACUAUCGACAGACACCGGAACCACCCGCGAAUCGAACUUUCCUUGGUCCCGUGGCGCGCAUGUGGGAUAACGACACGGUCGACAAAGAUGCAGUUCUUUUCCGGCUGCCCAAUGGUGGAUGUCGAUGCUCCAUGUUAGACGGCGACCAGCAAGCCCUAGAUGAGCCAGGUCACGAGGAGUCAUGUGAGGUGACACAACCCUUUGCUCGUGCAACUGCCUACCAGUGGGCGACACAGUGCCCCGCGAGCAGCUCAUCCAGCAAAGCGGCACCACUCAAGCCAACACUCAUCACGCAAAUGAUGGCUCAGCAGGCGCAUUUGGUGCCGGCAGAGCUCGAGGUCCGCCGUGACAAGGGACUGCCUGAAAUCGUAGAUGUGCUGCAAAUCGGCUCGCCGCGGGCACACGGGCGUAUCCCCUAUGACCUUUUUGAGCCAGAGCAGGGUCGGCGCACCAGGCAAGCACAGAUCACGUGGACAGUCGAAGAACUUGUCCAAGAUGCUGCGCAUGCCGUGGCCUACACGGUAAGGUGCAUACAAUUCCCCACGGUGCCUAUUCCAAGGACCUUCCGCCCAAAUCUGGUGAUGACCCCGGCGAGGGCAGGCCGGGAAAAGAUUGCCAUUCCUGUUGAUGCCAGAGAAUUCGGUGGUGGCAUCCCAACGGUGCUCAGUGGCCACGGCAUGGCCAUCGCCGAGGUUAUACAUCAGGUGAUAGACAAGACAGGGGUCAGGCUCCGUCACCUUACGGACAGACUUGCCAGACGACGCCUGGAGGUCACUGACUCGAGACAGAGGACAGUGGAUUUCAUAGUUGCACCUCUGGUUCAGUACGAAUGGUUGCUACUUAGUGAAGUGGGGGAUGAUAUGCCGAUGCAACGUGGAGCCUCUGAGGAUGGACAUGAUCCCUCGGAAGCCCCUCCCACGAGCUGGCCUGUGGCACGCCUCCCUCCAGCCAACCUCCUUUUCACACCGGAGCCCUCCGAAGCAUCCAUAGCCAAAGCCGGUGCAGUCCAAAUCUAUCCGGCUGUCUUCCGUGAAGGGGACGCAUUCACGUCGCCCACCAGCGACUUUAAGUGGGCCAGGGUAACUCGAGACACCCUGGGGUACUUCACAGUCUUUGAUGCUCAAAGACAUGUCAGCUUAGGUUGCGGCAGUACAGGCGCAGGCAGGGGCAUCAAGACCGGCGAGCACCUUCCCGGUCAAAACCUGUUUGAGGCGCUAGCUGAGGUCGAGGCCCUAUCCCCAGGACUCCUUGGGCCCAGUCACUCGCAUCCUCCCGAGAACCUUGAGGCGAUCCAGCACAUGCGCGUCUUCACCUUCCCCGCCAGCAUAAGAUUCAGCAGGCACGAUGGUCCGAGGUUCUUUGGCAGCUCAUGGCUCCACGAAGGCACAACAGCCAGCACAACGUGGAUGCAGGCAUUGUCUGUCCCCACAGCCGCUCCUGCCCUGAGACUUAUCCUCUUUCGAGGUGCUAACUCGGCUUCGGCUGACCUGAGCCCCCCCUACCAUCUGCUCGAUGAGAUCAUGGCACACCUCCUCGACCAAAUAAGUGGUGACCAUCCACUUGCCCAUGGCAGUGGAGUUGUUCUGAGUGGGUCCCUACCGCCACAGCUUGGGUACCUUCAGGAGGUUCCCCUUGUGAUCAUGGAACCUACCGCCGCCACUCCAUACCUAUGGGACGCCAGGCCAAUCGGAGGCGGACUUCAGUUGUUGCAUGCAGCUUCCGACGCGCCCUGCUCGGAGAUCCUCUCCACCUCGUGGAGAGACGUACAGUGGCGCCUGGCCAUCAAUGGUGUGCCCGAGGAGUACUGCAAUAGACCAAUUAGAGCCGGCGAUUUCCUUCAACCUUUUUUCGGGAGUCAGAUUCAAACUGCAGUCCCACAAGGACAUGUCCUGGACCUGUGCCCGAGCCUAGAGGCUUACACUUGGUAUGCCCCAGUCAGACCCAACGGAAUUCCCGUUGCUACGGUGAGGGAAAUUGCUGUCAGGCUGGGAGAAAACCUUAGAGCCAGACGGCAUGCCAUGGGAGCACACUAUCACAUGGCGGGCACAGCGAGUGUGCACGGAUCUUUCCAUGGGGUCGUCCGAUUGCAUUUUGCAAGGCCGCGUCCGCCGGGACAGAGCAGUGUCACACAGGCUCUUGCGGAGCUAGACUAUCCACAGGGAUGGCAAGAAGUUAGCCGGACAGCGGUGGCCGUUCCGGACACCGCGAUCUACGCUAGCAAACCGCGACGGGGCAACUCAAAUACUGUACUCUUGCCCGCGCCCAGACACCCGGAGCACUUUUUUGUGCUGCUCAUCUCACCGGAUAUGAGCGUGCUGCCAGACCUUCCAGCGGGCUCUGGCACCGAAUUAUACCCGCGCCGGGACCUCCGAACGGGGGACGUCCUCUACUUUCGUAGAGAGCGUAACAAUGACCCCGAGCCUGCUUCGAGUGCAGAUGGAACCGACGGCCACAGUCUUCUGCAGACCCGGGCCUCCAUCAAGAAAAAGAACAUCCUGCAUAGCGCCAUUGCUACCCCCUUUGGCCGGCGGGAUAUCCCUAUGCAGCUUCGCCCAAACCGUCAGAGCACCAUAAUCCAGCUUGCAUCCGAGAUACCUGUUGCCGCUGCAGAAGUGUGCCCAAGUGGCGACGCAAAGCAGCGACAUGUUCAGAUGCAGUGCGGGGUUAAUCUUGAUAUGUUUGAGGCAGCAUUUGAAGGGUUCGGUAUUGCAAUGUUUGAUAAGGAUUGGAGCGAUGUGCCGAGUCUCCAUCCCGAUGCCAAGCAUUUCCUUCAGACGUGCCCUAGAAUCUGCCGGGAUCAGCCUAUCGAGGCUAUGCAAAUGUAUGUUGACGGGUCGUUUUUCCCCUGCCAGGGACACGGGGCUAAGGCCGGAUGGUCAAUAUGUGCCCUUGGGCUGCAACAAGGAUCUUGGGGUUGGAUAGGCAUUCAUGUAGCCAAUGCGCCUUGCCAAGGCUCAUCUGCCACACUGUUCACGCCAGUCCGUUCAUGCUUCGAAGCGGAACUUGCGGCCACAUGCCAUGCCAUGGCAGUGGCUUGCGCUGUGCCCAUCCCGACGCUCAUAGCAUUCGACUCGACGUCAGCAGGCGACCUGGCACAGGGGUUCUGUACGGCAGCUGAGGACACCACCCUGUCCAGAGCCACCACGUCACUCAGUCAUCUGCUCGAUGCGGUCGGUCGCAGGCCGCGCUACCUUCACAUCUCUUCCCCUGAGGGACACCCCCUAAAUGAGGCAGCAGAUAGCGCAGCAAAGGCGGCGGCAAGGAUGCUCAUUGUUAGCCAAUUGCCUGGGUCAUUCGCCGAUGCAGCCCGGGAAGAUGUCCUAGAAUGGCUUUGGAUCGCUGCAGGCACCAAUGCCUCAGUGCCAGCUCUCAGCCCGCAAGGGGUCCUCCACGACACGACACAACCUGCUCAAGGACCCUGUCUGGGUGAGCUGCUCCACUUUGACCGCGUGCAAGAGGAAAUAGAACUGACGUUCACCGCAGUUUCCUAUAACUGUUGUUCCCUUGCGGCCAAGGCACAAAAGGAAUCCAUCCAGCAACAGCUCAAAAAAAGAAAGGUUUCCAUUGCAGGACUCCAGGAGACCCGAUGCCACGGUGAGGCUAGGCAGCACAAUGCCGACUUCCACAUACUCGCCAGUGAUGCGGACCAAGGUCAGCAAGGUUGCCAGAUUUGGUUUUCCAAGACACAGCCUGUAGGUUGGAUUAACGGACACCCACUCAGGUGGGAGUCUAACGGGUUUAGUGCCGUGUGUCGUUCACCGCGAAUCCUGCUUGUGCUGGCAAAGGUUGGAUGCUUCAAGGUAGCGGUAAUGUGUGCACAUGCCCCCACAGCAGCGGCUCCGGCACCAACCAGGGAAGCAUGGUGGAAGCAGUUUCAUAGGGUGUUCAAGAUGAUUCCGCACACCCAUCUCCCUAUAGUUUUGGUUGAUGCCAACGCCCGUCUGGCCGCCACAGUCAGCACCAACGGCAACGCCAGCAUGCUUAGAGAGUUUAUGGCGGAACAGGAGCUGGCGCACUCUGCCUGCGUAAACGCUGCCGGACAAGAGCUGUGCACAUGGGAGAGCCCGAACGGACAUAGAGUAUGCAUCGACUAUAUCCUCUGCCCACAGUCUGUAGCAACAGGCAUGCAAUCGUUGGGUGUACUUUCCAACUUCGUGGGACUGCUGGGCCAUGAUCACAGGCCUGUAGCGGUUGAAUUCCGACUUCGUCGGGAGGCAGCCCUGACGAAGCAGACACACAGGCUGGAUGUACAAUACCUACGCACCCCGUCAGGACAAAAGGAGUGGGCCGAACAUAUGCGCAAAGCCCCCACCAUUGCUUGGGAGGUUGAUGUCGAUACACACCUUGAUGUACUGCAGACAUACAUCAAGCAAGGCCUCUGUGCGAUUUGUCCGAAAGCCAAGGCGCAUGCCAGGCAGACGGUCACCUCAGAACAGACAUGGCAACUCAUAAAAUUUCGUCGUCAACUCAGAAGGGAACUCCAUGCCUGCCGACUUGCCUUCAAGACCGAGUGUCUACGAGAUUGCUUCCAGGCAUGGCGCACGCAGAACAGUCAAGAUACUGCCAAUGAGCACAUGCGAUGCCUGCAUCAGGCAUUCCUUGGGUUGCAGAUUCGAGCCGCUUCGAAGAGAGUCGUCCAGUCCGCUAAGCAGGAUGCGGCACAGGCGACCAGAGCCAUCUUUGCAGAGGCAAGACAGGCAGGGCCCGAGAGACUCCAUCGCCUCUUCCGCAGUGUCCUCAAAACAGGCCGUAAGUAUCGCCGACCCUCUCUGGCACCAGCCAUCGUCCAAUCCGACGGCACCAUUGCCGCGGAUUCCCAAGAACUCAUAGGCAGGCACUUUGCCGCGGCCGAGCGGGCUACCGAGAUACAGGCAGACAUGCUCAGAACUCGGCCAGCCCCUGUUGAGCAGACUGUCCUUAAGGUCACGAGGACCUUCAGUCUCUCUCAGGUUGCACAUGCCUUUGGGAAGCUUGCGACCAAGAAGGCAGCAGGAUACUCAGAGAUCCCCACGGAAGUCUUCCGCAGUGCGCCGAUACCCACCGCGGCAUGCCACACGCCACUCCUUCUAAAAAUGCAGAUGAGGUCUCAGGUCCCAGCGCUAUGGCGAGGUGGCAAGGCAGUCCCAAUUGAAAAACCAAGCAAAAACCUUGCACUCCCCACUGGCUGGCGAUCCAUCAUGCUCGUUGAGGCUGGUGCCAAGGGACUGGGCAGAGCCAUGAGGGCAGCGCUCCUUGAAGGUUUUGAGAAGGCCAGAGUGGAAGGACAAGGUGGCAGCAGGCCGCGAGCUCCCAUGCAAACCGCUAUGAGCCAAGUGCGUGGCUUUCUGAAAGACAUUCGUCAGAAGCAACGCUCAGGGGGCGUCUUGUUUGUAGAUGGCCAAGCAGCGUUUUACGCCACCAUUCGUCAAUAUUUGACAGGGCGCGAUGGCCAGGACCCUCUGGACCAGCUAGAACGAUUGAGCGAGGCUCUCUUCGAGGAGGAGGUGGACCGCGACAAGUUCAUCGCCACUGCUCUGGCCCCGGGCCUCCUUGAAAUACAUGGUGUACCGCUCGAGGUGCGUCGAGUGGUAGCAGCGAUGCUGGACUCAACGUGGUUCGGACUGGGCGACUCCUGUGACCGACUGUACCAGACACAAACCGGUACCCCCCCGGGAGCUCCGUUGGCGGACCUGACCUUCCAGUACGUGUUUGCCACGGUGCUGGACAAACUGUCUCAGCGCCUACAAGAGGCCGGCUGUAGAGCACUCAUUGGGCUGCGGUCCGAGAUAGUGGCGCCCGCGCCAAGUUGGAUGGACGAUGUCGCGGUGCCGUUCGCCACAGAGGCAGCAGACAAGGUGAUUCCUACGGCGGCCCGGGCCCUUCAAAUCAUCCAUGAUGAAAUGAGGGACAUUGGCAUAUCAGUCAACUGGGGGCCAGGAAAGUCGGAACUAUUGCCCUCCUUCCAGGGACGGGGUGCCAAGCAGGAGCAGAUCAAAUGGUGCGCCGAGCCCGAUUCCCG